AUGAAAAUAAAAGCUAAGAAUGUUAAAAGCUAAGCUUAGAAAGACGUUAAUCAAUUGAUAGUUAAGAUUAAAAGGAGAGUGAUGAUGAAAUUUCAGAUAAUACUGCAUAUGCAAUCCAAAAAAAAAAAAAAAUCUAAAGUUAAGAUAGUAACUAUGAAAAAAAUGAAUAUUAAAGCUAAGAAUAAAAUAAAGUUAGUGACUCAGAUGAGAGCUAUGAUAAAAGUGAGAAUGAAGACUCUGAAGAAGAAUGUUAUUUUGAAUUUAAAAAUAAAAACUAAAAAUGUUAAAAUAAAAGCUUAGAAAGAAGUUAAUAAAUUGGUAAUUAAAAUUAAAAAGGUAGUGAUGAUGAUGAUAUUCCAGAAUAGGCUGCAUAUGCAAUCUUAUAAAAAAACAAAAUCUAAAGCUAAGAUGAUGACUAAGAAUAAAGUGCAGACAGUAACUACAAAGAAAUUAAAUAUUAAAGUAAAUAAAAUAAAAAUAUUGACUCAAAUGAAAGCUCAGAUCAAAGCUGGAAUGCAGAUGAUUAUUUGGAUGAAAGUUCUGAUGAUAGUUGGGAAGAAUAAGAAAGUAACGAUGAAAGCCUUACAAACUAAGGAGAUAGGAAAAAGUAAAAGGAACAAAAGGAAUAUAUCAGCUGUGAAGAAAAUGAUAAUCAAGAUAGUUUUUAAGGACCAAGCAAAACUGAAUCAAUUUUAAAUAACUAUUAAAAUUUAAUAAUUCAGACAAUGUAUGAGCAAAAUAAUUAUCAAGCUUUAUUUAAAAAUCCUCUUUCUAUAAAUAUUAAUGAAUUGA